CCUGACUGACCAGCACCAAAGACACUGAAGGUGAGUUCCAUGACAACUUAUGAGUAGAAGAGAAGAGAGCGUGCACGUUUGAAGACACCAUGGCCUCCUCUGUGCGCAGCUACUCAGUCCGCCACCCAUCCUUCUCAAGCACCUCGAUGCGGGACAGUCGACGCAGCCUCCACUCCAAAGCUCCCAUCUCGUCGCCUUCCACUGUCAGCAACCUGUCCCGCUCACUUUCCGUGGGCAACGGCCUCAACAUGCUGGCAUCAAGUCUGUCAUUCAACGGUCUGCCCGUGACUGCCAGUGAGAAGGAGACUAUGCAAGGCCUGAACGAUCGACUUGCUAACUACCUGGACAAGGUGCGGUCACUGGAGAGGUCAAACACUGAGCUGGAGGUGAAGAUCAAGCAGCUGAUGUUGGAAAAGGCUCCUAAAAGUCAUGACAUCGAAGGCAUGAUGGCUCAGGCGCAUGCUAUCGGACAAGAGGUGCGAAAGAAGACUCUGGAGAAUGCUCGCAUCAUGCUAGAGAUCGACAACGCCAAACUGGCCGCUGAUGACUUCAGGCUUAAAUGGGAGGCUGAGGCGGCUCUGUGCCAAUCGGUGGAAAGAGACUGCCAGGCUCUGAAGAGAGCAAAGUCUGAUCACGACCAGAUCAUUGCCACCCUGCGGGGAGACCUGGACAGCCUGAAAGAGGAGCUUUACUUCCUAAAAAAGAACCAUGAUGAGGAUAUGGGAUCACUGAAGAUGCGUCUAGCCAAUGAGCAAGUGAACGUGGAGGUGGAUGCAGCUCAGGGUCCAGACUUGGGGGCCAUCAUGGCUGAGCUAAGAGUUCAGUAUGAAGGCAUCGCUCGUAAGAACAAAGAGGAAGCUGAAGCCUGGUACCAGAAGAAGCUGGAUGCCGUGCAGUCAGAGGUCAAGGAGAGCAACGAGGCCUUGCGUUGUGCUCAGAGUGAGCUCAAUGAGAGAAAGCGCUUCCUGCAGGCCCUGGAGGUCGAGCUGCAUAGUCUCCGCAAACAGGUUGCUGUGCUGGAAGGAAACUUGGCAGAAACAGGACAAAAGUACACUGUGGAGAUGGACCAUCUUCAGGCCUUGCUGACCCAGCUCGAGGACGAACUGUCUCAGCUGCGCCUGGACAUGCAGCGCAACAAGACAGACUAUGAACAACUGCUGCGCAUCAAACAGAAUCUGGAGAUGGAGAUUGCUACCUAUAGGAGGCUGCUGGAAGGAGAAGAGAUGGUCAAAGAAACUCCUGCCCCCAAAAAAGACCCCGAUGUGAGAACCAGGAAAAUAGUCAAAGUUGUCACUCAGACGAUGGUCAACGGGAAGGUGGUGGACGAGUCCAGUGAGGUGGAGCAGAUUGAAGAGCGGAAAAAAUGACAACAUGAAAGCAGUUAUCACUAUGAUCAUGAUCAUGUCUUUUGUUCCUGGUCAUGCUGAAUACGUGACUAAGAAAUGUCAAAUUGGUAAUGUCAGUGGUUGAAGAAAGGGAUGAUGGUUUGAUAUCCUAUUGCUGAAGUGGUUGUAUAAGUGUUUAAAUAAUCAAUCUUCAUUUUUAGUUAUCUUUAA